AUGUUGACAACCAUGAAUAUCACGAAUCUCUUACUUUUCGCGGUUUUCUGUGGCCUCGCCACUUGCAAUUUGAAUUCAAACACUUGCCAAGACAUUGAAUCUUCUUUCCAAUCGGUUGUGGAGGCCAAUGAGGAGGUAAGCUUUCAUUUAUACGCAUUGAAAUGGGAUUCUUUGGAAUUGAUUUCAUGAGUUUUUAUUUUACAUUAGAUUUUUUGUCAUAAAAAUUUAUUUUUUGGUCUAAAAUUAUGUUUUCAGCCAGCUUGCCGUUGUAUGCCCAAGGCAUUUGGCGCUUCAUCCGAUGAGGAGUUUGUUUUUGUGGGUUGUACUCGGCAGAAUAUGCCUUCAAUAUACCGGGCAUUGAAUGUUCUGAAUGAAACCAACAUGACUCAACUCAAGAUCUGGAACUCCCUGCUCAAUAUCUUGCCCAGCGAUCUUUUCAGCAAAGUAAGUUUCGGGUUUUUGAUUUCCGAAGAACGUUGCAGUACCGUAAAUUUUAUGGUAUUCACAGUCCGGCAAGAGGUUUUUCGCACGGUGCGGUUUUUUGAAGGUUAUUACUGGUAAACUGGAUGAAUUAAAAGGUUGAAAAUCGUAGUGAUGAUAGCCUAUGAGUCCCUUUUUGGAUCUAGAUAUUUAUUUGGGCCAUUUUUGAUCAUAUUUUUUAACAACUUUCAUGUUUUGAUACUUACUAUAAUAUAAUAGAUUAGGCGGUUAUGAAAAAAUAAAGGCUUCCGAUGACAAAUUCUGAAUUUAAAAGUUAGUAUCAGACUAUUUCAAAAUAAUUUUCCACAUUCUUUCAAAUUUUCGAGUUUCCUUGACCCCCUUUUCACCCUUCUAUUUUGCAGGUCCGUCCCAAAGUUUUGUCCAUUGAAAACUCGGGAGUGAGCGUCUUCCGGAAAGGCGUCUUCUCGAACCUCGGACCCCGAUUACAAAGCCUCUACAUCAUGAACAACAUCCUGAAAAGCUUCGACAAACAAACCUUUAGCGAUCUGAUCAACCUGGAGAUGUUGGACCUCUCUGGCAACAAGCUGAACUCAAUCAAAAUGGACCAUUUUGGCCCACUGUCCAAACUCCAACACCUCCAUUUGUCCAACAAUCAGAUCCAGGAGAUCGAAAAUGGCGCGUUCUCGCUUCUGAAAAACUUGAAGGUCCUGAAUUUGGCUGGAAAUUCGAUUACAAACAUCACCAAGGCCAUGUUCAAAGGUCUGGAGAAUUUGGAAGUCCUCCAAUUGGAGAAGAAUUCCCUGAAAAACAUUGAACCAGAUGCAUUCAGUACGAUGAAGAAGCUGAGAAUCUUGGAUUUGGGUCACAACAAUUUGAACAAGGUAGGUUUUGAUCAAGUUGAUGUUAAAUUAAGGUGGUGUGAUAUAAAAGUUGGGCGAUAGAGACAUGAAAAUGUUCUCAGUAGGGUUGAAUUUCAAGUGUCUGCAAUUUUGACGGCUUUUUGAAUUUGCAAUUCUGCAGAGUGCGAUUUAAAAUUUUGCACUGUGCGGUUGAACCUAAUGCUGCCCUAAGGGCUUCCGAUGCUAAAUUUUUAAAUUGUGGUGUAGUACUUAUUAUCAAUUACUGAUCUAACGUCUGGUCCAAUUUCAGAUCAACCUCAACGCCCUCCCGAAACUGGAAACCCUUCUUCUGAACAACAAUAACCUGCAAGCCAUGAGUAAUGUCGCCCUCAAGAAGCUCCCUCAACUCACCACGUUGAACGUGGACAACAAUAACAUUGUCCAACUGGCUGCCAAGGACCUGGAUGAGCUCGUGGAGAGCCCACAACUCAACUCGCUCUCCUUUGUGGCCAACAACAUGACUCACAUUGAUGCGUCGGCCUUCCGUUUCUGCCCAAAAGUCACUGUCCUUUCCCUGCAGAACAACAAUUUGACGUCUUUGAGCAGCGUGCCGAAGGGUGGAAACGGCGCAGUCUCCUGGCUGAGGCCUUUGACCAAUCUGAAGAGCCUGUUUUUGACCUGGAACCAGAUCUCGGUGCUAAAACACGGUGAAUUGAACGUGAUCCCAUCGUUGGAAGACGUCAGCAUGGAUCAUAAUAAGCUCGGAACCAUCGAUAAAGACGCGCUGACAGGCCUCCAAUUGAAGAAGUUGUUCCUAAAUGGAAACGAACUCUAUUAUUUGCCUGAGGGCUUGUUCCAAGGAUGGAAUACCGAGAGCAUUUACUCUGUCGAUCUGGCUGGUACGUUAGUUGGGAGUUGUUUUUGCAUACAAUCAAGUUCGUUUUUUGGCUGCACUGUGCGGAGUUUUUUAUUUUUGCACAGUGCGAAAGAAAAGAUUGUCGCACUGUGCAAAAAUAACCAAACCUUUGCAAAACCCAAAAUUUUUUCCACCGUGCAGUGAAAAAUGUUAUCAAAUUGAUUAAAAUUACCCGUGUUUCUUUCCAGAAAACCCAUGGGAAUGCAUCUGUGGCCACGAAUGGAUCGGUGAGUGGCUCCGCACCCUUGGCGACCGUUCCACGCCCUCCGGCAACGUCGGAUGCCUGGCCUAUCAUUGCGGAAACGAUGUCGAAGAGACCCCCAAGCACUCGGCUUGGAUCACCGUGGUCGCUGGCAUUCUCGCUUUCGUGGCCUUGCUUUUCUUGGCCGCGAUUGCCUAUCUGUACAUCCAAGAGACUUGCGGAAGGUCGCCGAUCCCGCUGAAGAGGAUCCCAAGUGAUAUGGUGCGACUCAUCCCGUCGAUGGAAAGUCUCUCCUUCCCCAAUCCAGUGGCUGGAGAGUUGAUCAAGAGCAAUCUGAAUAAGCCAUCCACUCCGGCGGAAGGGACGGAAAAAGACGAGGCCAAGGAUAAGAAACGAGUCCGAUUUGAUGGAGUUUAA